GGAUGCAAUUCUGUCAACCCCAGCUGUUUCUGCUGUGAUUCGAAAACAUAAGGCUAAUGGCGGUUUCAUAAUGAGCGCAAGCCACAAUCCUGGUGGGCCAGACUAUGAUUGGGGUAUAAAGUUUAAUUACAGCAGCGGACAACCUGCGCCAGAGUCUAUCACGGACAAAAUUUUUGGGAACACACUUUCUAUUUCGGAAAUAAAAGUAGCGGAUAUACCAGAUGUUGAUUUCUCUUACCUGGGAGUUACAAGCUAUGGUAACUUCAUCGUUGAGGUGAUAGAUCCGGUGGCAGACUAUCUGGACCUGUUAGAGAAUGUUUUUGAUUUUCAGCUUAUGAAAGAUCUUCUUUCUAGGCCAGAUUUCAGAUUUGUAUUCGAUGCUAUGCAUGCAGUGACUGGUGCAUAUGCCAAACCUAUAUUUGUGGAUCGGCUUGGCGCAAAUUUGGAUUGCAUAUCAAAUGGAGUACCUUUGGAAGAUUUUGGCCAUGGCCAUCCAGACCCUAACCUUACGUAUGCAAAGGAACUAGUUAGCAUAAUGUAUGGUGAGAAUGCACCUGAUUUAGGAGCUGCAAGUGAUGGUGAUGGUGACCGUAACAUGAUUCUUGGGAGAAAUUUUUUUGUCACUCCAUCAGACUCUGUGGCUAUUAUUGCAGCUAAUGCGAAAGCAGCAAUUCCUUACUUUCAGAAUGGUCCAAAGGGACUUGCCAGGUCUAUGCCUACCAGCGGAGCUCUUGACCGUGUUGCUGCAAAACUGAAGCUUCCCUUCUAUGAGGUUCCUACGGGUUGGAAAUUCUUUGGGAACCUGAUGGAUACUGAGAAGUUGUCUAUUUGUGGGGAAGAAAGCUUUGGUACAGGAUCAGAUCACAUCAGGGAGAAGGAUGGGAUAUGGGCUGUUUUGGCUUGGCUUUCUAUCAUUGCAUACCGAAAUAAGGGUAAGAAGGUUGGCGAGAAGUUGGUAUCAGUAGCAGAUGUUGCUAGGGAGCAUUGGGCAACCUAUGGCAGGAACUUCUUUUCCAGAUAUGAUUAUGAGGAAUGUGAAUCAGAUGGUGCUAAUCAAAUGAUCGGACAUCUUAGGGAUCUUAUUUCAAGGACAAAGUAUGGGCAUAAAUAUGGAAAUUAUGAACUUGAUUUUGCUGAUGACUUCAGCUAUACAGAUCCAGUAGAUGGCAGCGUAGCAUCAAAGCAAGGUAUACGAUUUGUCUUCACAGAUGGCUCAAGAAUAAUAUUUCGCUUAUCGGGCACUGGCUCAGCAGGUGCGACGAUUCGCCUUUAUGUUGAGCAGUUUGAGCCUGAUGUCUCCAAGCAGGACAUGGAUGCACAGGAAGCCUUGAAGUCAUUGAUAGAUUUGGCGUUAUCCAUAUCAAAGCUGAGAGAGUUUACAGGCAGGGAGAAACCUACAGUCAUCACCUGAAGCACUUUGGUUAGGAUUCUGGCUUUUCCUUUUUGCAGACCUGUAAAUAUUAGUCUUUUUAACUGAUAAAGCCACAUAGUUACUUGUUAUUUUGAUUUUUUUUGGGGUGUAAUGUUAUUUCAUAAUAAAUUAACGUUCCUUUGUUCCUUUGAUUUUUCA